GCUCCAGAGUUCCACCGCCACAGGGUGGUCCGCCCACGCAUGUUCCACGCCCGUGAGAAGAGGGAGAUCUCCAGCUCUCGCCAUCCGGAAGGGGGCCACAUCCAUGAUCUCACCGUUGGAUUUGUUGUAGAUGGAAAAAAUUUUAUAUUGGAUCUUCGCCUAAACAGAGAACUAAUUCCUGAUACAUACUUCGAACGUUACCAGCACAAUGGCAAGCAUGUAAUCAACAGACCAACAUCUAAGGAAACAGAAUUGUGCCAGUACCAAGGAAAGUUGCGUGGAUACAGCAAUUCGUGGGCUGCCAUAUCAACUUGUAAUGGUUUAAGAGGUGUCAUAUUUGAUGGGGAACAGAUGCACUACUUAGAAAGAGGCCCAGCAGAUACCGAGAUAGAAGAUGCUGGCGGAGGAGGGGAUGGAGAUGGCGGAAGUGAAGAACUAGAAUCUCACGUUUUGUACAGCCAUUCAGAUCUUAUUACAAACAAUACAUGUGGUUACCAUGACACUCCUCAUGAUGUUAUAAUAAGUGAAGAGUUUAACAGAAUUCUCAGGUAUAAAAGGGAGGCAGAGAUGGUACGAGGACCAUACAAUGCAGACAAAAAGUCUCGUUUUGUAGAACUGGUUCUAGUUGUGGACAAUAAGGAAUAUAAAGCACAUGGAGAAAGCCGACAUAAUGUGUAUGAACAUUGUAAGAAUAUUGCGAACAUUAUCAAUGCAUUGUAUGUCCCACUUAAUAUUUUCAUUGCAUUGGUUGGUGUAGUCGUGUGGACAGAAAAUGAUGAAAUCCAACUUUUGUCUAAUGGAGAUUCUACACUCACCAAUUUCCUUACAUACCGUCGUCAGAGACUUGUCAAAGAACACCCAAAUGAUAAUGCACAGCUUCUUACGAGAGUGCAGUUUGAGGGUGGUGUUGUGGGGAAGGCCCUCAAGGGACCAAUCUGCACAUAUGAAUUUUCUGGUGGUGUCAGUAUGGAUCAUAGUAGUGUGGUCGGACUAGUAGCAACAACAGUGGCACAUGAAAUGGGUCACAACUUUGGAAUGGAGCACGACACAGCAGAGUGCAAGUGUCCAAGUGAGCGCUGUAUAAUGGCUCCAUCUUCCAGCUCAAUGAGUCCAACUCACUGGAGUUCAUGUAGUUUGGAGUACCUAGCUCUAGCAUUUGAGCAUGGUAUGGAUUACUGCUUAAGAAACAAACCUAAAAGUCUAUUUGAUGGCCCAGUAUGUGGCAAUGGAUUUGUGGAAGCCGGAGAGCAGUGUGACUGUGGAUUACCUGAACACUGUGACAAUCCAUGUUGUAAUGCCACAACUUGUAUGCUUUUCUCUAAUGCUUCUUGUGCUACAGGGGAAUGUUGUGAUCUGAAGACAUGUCAUCCAAUGAAGGCAGGGACAAUGUGCCGUUCUGCUGACCAUGAAUGUGAUCUUCCAGAAUACUGCACAGGCCAGUCAGAGUAUUGUCCUGAUGAUGUGUACAAGAUGGAUGGGGAAGCGUGUGAUGGGGGAAAAGCAUUUUGCUAUCAAGGUUCUUGCCGUACACAUUCUGACCAAUGUCGUCUGCUGUGGGGCCCCUCAGGGAAGAGCUCUGACAUGCAAUGUUAUGAAAUGAAUGAACAAGGCAAUCAAAAUGGCAACUGUGGAUUUGAUCGCUUGAACCGCUCGUUUCACAAAUGCACAAAAGAAGACAUAUAUUGUGGAAUGCUACACUGCAAGCAUCUGAAUGAGAAGCUUGAAUUUGGAAUGGAAUCAGUGGCCAGGCUGGCACAUUCCUUUAUAAAUGCUGGUGGAAGCCUUAUCCCAUGCAGAACUGCCCUUGUUGACCUUGGUCUCAAUGAAGUUGAUCCAGGCCUUGUACCAAAUGGAGCAAAGUGUGGUGAAGGAAAGAUGUGUGUGAGCCAGCGUUGUAUGCCAGUGGGCUCACUGCGAGCUGCAGCUGUGUGCCCCCAGAACUGUAAUGGUAAUGGUGUCUGUAACAGUCGAGGUCAUUGCCACUGCGCUACAGGAUUUGCUCCUCCAUUGUGUGACUAUCCUGGGACUGGUGGCAGUGAAGAUAGUGGACCUGCUUCAGAUCCAAAUGGAAGAAAAGAUGUAAUCACAGCAAUGUACGUGAUAUUCUUAGGAAUUGUUCCAUUAGUUGCCAUAAUCGCUGUUUUCAUUCAUUACACACGGCGAAAUGUGAAGUACUGGUGGAAGAAAAACAGCAGCAUCCCAUCUUCGACCAUUACGAUGAAUGGAAGAGGCCCUCCAUCGAUGAAACCUUUGGAGAAGAAAAACGGUCAACUGCGGAGAAUAAGCCGUGGAAAUUCCUUGGCGUAUCACCCUGAUAAAAGCAAUGGAUUGGAAAUUUCUGCUCCGCUUCCUGCUGACCACCGAAGUGCUUCUGAUAGUGCUCGUGCUUCUCUUCUUCCAGCACAUGACAGCAGUUCUGGAUCACUUACUGGUUCAGCAGCAUCAACAAAUACAAACAGUUCAGGGAAUCUUCAGAAUAAUUUACUUGGACACUUUAAAGGCUUCACAAUUACACCACUACCCUCUUCGUCAGAAGGAUCUUCGCAGAUUCAUUCACCACCUGUGAGGACACUGGCCUCUCCAGUUUCUCCUCCAGUAGUCCCCUCUGUCGCCAUACUCCCUCCAAAGCCAACUAAUUUUCCUGCAAGGUCAAGUAAUACAUGUACCACAGCUGCACAGAAUAACUUUAUUCCUGCAUCAGCACCUCUGUCCACAUCAGUAACGAGUGCACCUGUGUCUAGACCAGUUAUUAGCAACCCAAUUCUUGAUGCAACUACUUGCACUGCUAAGGAGCUUGUUGCUGCUCGAGCAGCACCGUCAGUACCUACAAGGCCAGCACCUCAAGUUCCUCCUGCAAAUAUAACUUCAGACACCAAUACCAGUUCAAAUAAACCUCCCAGGCCUGUGUCUAUACCUAACACAUCUGCUGUUAAUAUGUCUGCUUUCUCUUCGUCAUUAGAAGACAGAAAAUCUAAAGAAAAUGGUUCAAGCUAUCCCACACUUACUCGUAUUGCAUCUUUUAUGAUGCGCCAAAAUCCAGUAAAUAGAUCACAGUCUAGUGCUCAUGGAACAGGCCAUAAUAAUGAAAAGAAACUGAAAAAUAAACUAGGGGAUGGCACAAACUCACUUCCUAGAACACACCAUCAUGCUGUUAAAGCCGCUAAACUUCAAAUUGAUCGUGAUACACUUAGAAACUUGCAGAUUUCUGAGCCAAUACCACUGCAAGAAAUAGAAGUUCCACAGAAUGCAUUGCCAGUAAGAGCUGCUGCAUCAGUAUCAAAUGAAGAGCCCAAUAAGAAUGUUGUCAUGCGAGCUCAGAGCAUGAGGAGCACAGGAUCGGUUGUGCAGAGACCGGCCAUUCCUACAUUUGGAUCAAUGAGACAGUCUUCUGCCACAAAGAGACCUACAAGCAUUCCAGCUGGAAGUCGUCCUACAUCACCUCCACCUCGGCCACCUCCACCUCCGACAACCAAAGCUGAUGAAUUACAUACAGGAAUCAUAGGACUACCAGGCUAUCAGAACCCACCUGCAGUAAACAGUGGUGAAUAUGCUUAUGAUGACUGCUUAAAUCUCAUACAGGAAGGUUCUGCCCCAUUAGCUAACAUUGAUGAAGAAACAAGUCCUGUGAGUGCUGACAACAUAUAUGCUGUGAUUGAAGAAAGUCCUCCUGAAAAAAGUAGGAAGAAUACUGAAAGAGGCUUUUCAACAACUGCAAAGACAACAAAUGGAAACACAAAAACAGCUGAGAAAUCUGAGUAUGCUGCACCCUCAUUUAGUGAAUACCAUUCACCAAAACCACUGGAAAACAGUGUUUCUGCUGGGAGUGCUGAAUCAGUUGGCCUACUUUCAGAGAUAGUAAAUGAAAUUCAGGCAAGGAAUAUGGAAUCUAUAUAUAGUAGUUCUACUGUUGCCAGGGGAAAGAAAGAAGGUGACACACACAAAACGGAAGACGAUGAUGCUUCUUCUACAGUUACAGCCACAGACUCUUCAGUGGCUGGUUCAGGAUCACCACAACCUUUUCCUGAAAAAUUAAGUGCAGUAGCUUCUUCUAACAGUUCUUUGGGCACUUACGUAAAUGCACCAUAUGCCAGCAGCAUAUACAGAUCUUCUGCCAGCACGUAUAGUAACACUUCACAGAGUGGAGUGGGUCCUCCAAGCACAAAGGCUUCAAACAGUUCAUCCAGUUCCAGUAGUGGCUACCUGAGUCCAUUAGCUGUCAAUUCUGGAUCAAUGGGCACUACAAAACCAAACACUUUAAGCAGUAAGCCUGGCGAUUUUAGCACUUUUAAGACUACUCCCAGUCACUCAUCAGCAUCCACAACAGAAAGUUUUUCUAAAAGUUUCGAUGUGUCAUCGUACAAACCGUUUAGCUCUUCUCUCCAGCGUUCUUCUGGCCCGUUGGCUGCAGCUUUCCGUUCAACACCACAAAAUGCAGGAAGUGCUGAACUUGAUACAAAAGCCAACAUCAAUUCAGAAAAUAAAGGUGUAGCUUCAGCAUUAAAAUCUGAAAGUGUUUCAUCACCUUCAACAGUAACAGAUGCAAAAAAAUCAUCAGAAUCUGUAACAAAAGCACAAAUAGGCAUAAAGAAUGAAAAAAUAGCACCAAAGCCUGCAACAGGUGCAGCUGCCCUGACCAGAGUGUCAGGUCCAGUAGCUGCUUCUGCAAAUGGAACUCAGAAACCCACUUCUGCAAUUAUAACAAAAGGAAAUGUAGUAACUUCUCCUACUAGCUCUACUUCAAGUAAAAAUAAAAUGUCUGUUAGCAGUGUUAAAACUGGUAAUGUAAAUAAUAGUCCUGAUGUAGUUUCUAGUUGUUCUGUUGUUGAGAAUGGAUCUGCAGAGAAAUCUCCUGAUGUUGUAAGUGGAAAAGGUAGUAGGUCAGGUGCUAGGUCUCCUGAUGUGGUGCCAACAAAUGUCGAUAAAUCACAAACACAAAUAAGUCAAAGGACUGCUGGACGCUCAGCAACAAAUAAUAACAAAAGUGCACCAUCUAUCAGUGCUUCUAAAGCUUCUAGUGCAACAGGGCUAGCAAAACAACCACAAAUGACAUUAGGGAAGACAAGUGUUUCAGGGAAACAACCCCAGACAGCUCCAAAGCCAACAGUACCAAGAUCUGUUAGCAGUGCAGCAGAUAAACGGAAUGUGUCAAACACUGGCAAGGAAAGUGGUAUCAGGACAGCAGGGAAGGGGCCUACUGUUGCAAGGUCAGCAUCGGAAUCUUCUGGUAAUCGAACAAUGCCCACUGGUGCUCGCCAGGCUGCCAGCAAGCUUUCCCAUGUUGCAUCUUUGCAACAAAAAUUUGAAACUGUAUCAGAAAAGAACACUGGGUCUGUAACGAGCUCAAGAGUACCCUCAAAUGCUUCAAUUAAAGUUAAACCAUCCUCACCCAGUGCAAGUUCAAAAGCCAUUUCUGAUUCAGGAAGAACUGUUUCCUUUAAAAAGUGAAGGAUAUGUGUUUUUGUUCCAGAAUUAACGCUCUGAUUCUUGUUACAAUGAAGUAUGAGGCUUCAUAAGCAAGGUGUACUGCUGAAUGCCUAAUUCAGUGAGAAUAUGACUCGCAUGGCCAUCAAAUGAGAUAAGUGUCUUAUGUAACUUUUAUAUCUUUUCUGGCAUUUCUCACAGAACAUUUUGUUUCCAUUUUUGAAGUUCUGUAAUGGUGCUUAUUGUAAUGAAGAACUAGAACUCAUAGCAUCUACGUGCACAGAAUAGUCGAGAAAUUGAAGUUAGACUAACAAUGCUGAGAGACAAAGUAAUGAGCAUUGUAGGACAUGUGCCACCGAUUUUGCUGCUGUGUUGUAUUUAAGAAAAUGGCUCUGUACCGUGGUGAACUGAUUAAUGUAUUUUUUAGCCUAGGACUGAAAAACUUUAAUCUGGAGAAACAAAAUCAAAGCAUUCCUGUUACAUUCAUUACCAUAUUAUGGUAUCCAAAAUAUGUUUCUUAUUUUGAUGAACAAUUUAAGAAACAAUGUUAAUUUUCCAGAUCACUUUUAUGUGUUACAAGAAUUAUUGGAACUAUGAAAACAUAGUGGUGCAAUGUGUCAGACGAUUUUAAAGUUUUGUUAAUGCAUAACAUAUACUUUUUAUAGCAGAGUUUUCAACUUGUUGAUUGUUACCAAGAUACUGGUAACAGGUUUGUUUAAAUGUUUACAUGACAACUGUGAUAAUAUUUUUUUAUUGUGUAAAUUGUUUACUGUUAAUGUAAUUUGUAUAAUGGUAUCUAGAGCAAUGCUUCAGUUCGUAUUUAUCCAGUACAGUCACAUUGAACAUUGGAAGAAACAUAAGAGGAGAACAGUACUGCAGUUCUUUUAAUGAUUAAGAGAGCUUAAAAGAAACCAUUUAUGUAAUUUACCUUUUUGCCUUGCAGUCUUGAAAUGGCAAGCUUCUUUUCAAAAGUUGAAAUCUGGCUAAGUCAUAGAGCUGUUAGUGCAACUCUAAAGUUGGUAUUAAGUAUUGCAGUAGGGAAAUAUAUGUCCUUGUCCAGUAAAUGUGAUACUUAAGGCAGGGAGAAGUAUAGUUUUACCUUUUUUAUGAAUUACAGGUUAUACAGUAUGAACAAAUCAUUCCACUUUCCUAUCAGAUGGAAACAGCUGUUAUUGUUAUGUUAACCUUUUCUCCCCUUUGUAAAAUAAGCUAAUUUCUAUAAUGUAGUGUGUCAGCUUUGCUUGGGAAUUAUUGUUGGUACUAAAAUGCUGAUGGAAGGAUCUCCAUUGUUUCAACACUUUAAAAUGUUUUUAUUCCACAUAAAACUUGAACUACAGUUGUAGUUAUUUAAUUGGGGGAAGCAAUUGCUCCUGUAGGCUUACACAUUAUUGGAGGAGAUCUUGCAGUAAAAGCCUAGUUAUGUGCAACUGUACAUCACAUUUGAAAGUUUGAAUAACUGUUGUUUUAGGUAGAUUACUUAUCUGAGGUGCCCAUAAACAGUGUUGCACAACAGCAAGGGACCAUUAAGUGAGGUUUUAUUACAUUUCAUCAGUUUACUUUAAGUAAGAGUAUAAUUAUGGUUCUCUUUAUAUGCUUGUAUCUGCAUGUGAAUAGCUACAGAACUUUCUGUGCUCAUCCAACUAUUUUUACAUCACAUUGUCUGUAAAACAUGUGUAUUUGAGAUACAGUUUGUAUCCAGGAUAGCAUAGACAAUCUCAGAAUUAAAGUGGAUUCAUUGACGAUUAUUGGUAUUACUGCUCUGAGUUUUUUUGCAUCAUAUGCUGACAGAACUUAAGAACAAAACAACAAUUAGUUAGCAGCUACAAGAUCACAUUCAGAAUUAAUUUAAACUAAUUACCUGUGAGAGAAAGAAAGAGGCUGGUACUAUUCUUCUGAUAAUUUCCUGUCAAUUACCAAUGCUAACAUAAAGUGAGUGCCAAUUCAAGCUUCAGUGAAUUCAUCCAUGUUAGACAGCACCUCAGUUCACAAUUUGUUGAGAAAUUCCUUCAGAGUCAUCAAUUUUAAUUACACAGUAUUGCUUGCACAUCUCUUUUUUACAAGUCGAUCACCUUGAAGAACUGUUGUUGUUUGCAGAUACUUGAAACUCUUCUUAAGAGAGUUCUGUGUAUGACAACUAGACUAAAGUAUAAGACAUGCAGUCACACUUCCACUAACCAAAUUCCUUCACAUGUUGCAUAUUUAUGGACCACUCAUUGAAUCACUCUACAGUUUUCCUCUUACACUGUUAUUCUGUUCCAUAUCACCUACAUUUGCAUCUGGUACACUCGAUCAACACAGAUGGUGCCAUUUUUAUGUUGCUAAUAGUAAAUUAAAGUUAUGAAGAGAAAGUAAUCGCACUUUUUUAUUGCAUUUUCAAUUGGACUGUUCAUCUGAAGAAAACUUCUGAACAUCUUGAUUAUUACUGUUCAAGAAUGCAUUGUUUUUCAACCAUACUUGAAAUGUAAUUUUUUUUAUCACAUGUAAGUGAAACAAUAUUUUUGACCAUUUAUUAUUAUCUUUAGAAAUACAGCUAUAUAGUGGUUUUAAUCAUGUCACAAUCAUGCAGGGUGUAUAUUUUUAGUGUUUUUAUUUCAACCCAAAGGUUUAGGGAUGGAAAAAAAUUGUUGCUGUGAAGAAAAUAAUCUUUAGGUGGCAUUUGUGUAAUUCACUAUUCAUUUAUUGAUUCUACAGUUGUUUAUAUGUUGUGAUAUGGUUUUAUCAGUUUUAUAUCUAUACUAUUCUUCUUUAAUCGAGAUGACAUAGAACCACAUUAUACAGGGGUAAGAGGGAUGGAGAAGAAAAACAAAGCAUUGUUAAUAUGAAAAAUGAAGGGAGAAGUCUUUAGAAUGAGGCAGCACAUGGGUGAGAAUAUUGGUUGAAGCUCUUAGUGGUGAGGUGUUUUUGGUGAUGACUCAGAUGUGUGGCCUUGGUGCUAAAAUAGGGUACUUUUAUAUUCAUGUCCAAUAUCUAAUUUUCUUCCCUUUUUUGAAAUAUGAACCUAUUUUUUAAAUCUAUUACUUCCCUUGAAUGUAGGUUUUGUGUCAUGACAGACCAUAAGUUGCAUUUUCAUUAUUAUUUAAAGUAAAAGUGGCUUCAGUUCCUGAGAAAGACUUUUUGCAUUUUUAAUCUGAAUUGAACAAUCACUUUACUCCAUCUUCUUUGUUUCAGAAAACAGUAUUUCAUUUCAUUUAGUUGUGUGGUGCUCUUUAACUGUCAAGCAUAUCAGCUAUUUGAUAUGUAUGAAUGUUGUGUGUGGUGUUAAUUUGGAGAUGUGUACCUACAUAGUAGCUCUUUUGCAUAAUGAGUGUUGUAUGAUAGUGUAGUUGUCAGCAAUUGGCUGUAUUUAGAUCUGAUAUAAAAAUUCAGAUUUAGACAUAAUGGAGUGUGGUUAAAUCUUAUAUGCAGUGGCAGAUUUGGUGUACUAAACACUGGCCAAUUUGUACUGGUGCUAUUGACCUGGAGCGUAGAAUAACUAUUUACCAUCAAUGGAAAUCUACAUUUCUUCCUGUAGCAGUUUUAAGCUACUGCAAAUUGUUCCUUUUUUUAGAAGAAAUAUUUUAAUGAAAUAUUCAAUUAAGAGUUCAGCUUCAUUAAUUUCACUGUGUUUUUGAUAUCUUUCAAAAGACACUCUUUAUUAUAGACUCAUGGGUAAUGUCACUACUAAGAUUUUGGAAGAAAUUUUGUUAUAUGGAAUUGCCAGGGCAGGGGAGGAGGGUGUUCAUGUGAAGUACAUAAUCUUAUUGGCAUAACAGCUGCAUCAGAUGCAAGUGCUUUGGGAGUUGUAUGUGCUCCAAAACUACUGUAUUCAAAUAAUGUACUGAGACUUCCACUGUUUCCAAUGGAUUUUCGUAAGUUACAAUAUUCAUCAAAUGUGCAAGAGCAAUACAAUAGAAUAACAAUUGACACCAAAAUUGGCUGUUUUGUGGGAGCUGAGACACUAAAUAUAACCUUUCCCUUGUUCUUGCAUCUAUUUCUAUGAUGAACAUAUCUGCAAACAAAGAAGAUGCGAUUCUUAAUUCAGUGUCUAUAAAGAAAGUAUAGUCAAAAAAAAAAAAAAAAAAAAUGAAUCUGCAUAGGUUUCCAAAGCUUUGUAGGGUAAUACUGCAUGUAGAAUAGC